GUCAAAGAAAAGCGUUUGUCUGUCUUCUGUGUUAUCAUGGACGUAAAUCUGUCAUUUUAAUAAUUACACGUUACAGGUUAAAGGAAACUGAUUCAACACCGCUGGUCGACGAAUCCUGUAAACAAUCGUUGGACAAACUCACUAUCAACGGUUUGCGAUGCGAAUGUUUAAUCUUGUUAUUAUAAAUUGGUGACGUUAUGGAGCUGAAAGUAUGGGUGGAGGGUAUACAACGUAUCGUAUGUGGUGUUACAGAUACCACUACAUGUCAGGAUGUAGUAUACGCUCUUGCCCAUGCUACUGGACAAACAGGUAGAUUUACUUUAGUAGAAAGAUGGCGAACCAACGAGCGUCUUCUAGCUCCGUAUGAAAAUCCUCUAAAGAUUCUAAUGAAAUGGGGAGAAUAUUCUUCGGAAGUGCAGCUAAUAUUAAGACGUUCUUCACCGGAGAGUAAUAAAUCUCCCGGAUCGUUAGGAACACGUUCGUCCCAUGGUCCAAGAUCGAAUGGACUCAUAAGUUCCGCGUCGGAGCACACCGCGACGCCCAAUAAUGGACAGGACGAUACCAAGAGUGCCAUGACAGUUCCAAACUCUGAACUCGACGAUUUACAAGGAUGUCUCGAUAGGAAUCGCGACACUAGAAAAUCGUUGACGUUUGGAGGAUUGCAUGGAAAUGUCAUGGAAAAUAAUACAGAAAUUCAAAUGGAAAAUGUUGCCAUAGUUCAACCUACACCUCAUUUAAAAAAUAAGGAAUCGAACAUAAGAAAAAAUAUACAAAAACCAGCUCAGUCUCCUACUUGUACUAGCAGCAGUGAAAGUAACGCGCAUUUAUCGCAAAAAAAAGUGCGUGAAGUUCCUCCGUAUAGGGAUCCUCCAGGUCCAGCUUCGCCGCCCAUACGAACUUUACCCCCCUACAGGGAUCCACCGCCACCUAAUUUAAAUAGUCCUGGAAGAUCGCAAUUUCAAUUUAGUACAAAUAGCGGUAGUCCUCAUGCUCACAAAGAGGAUCAACCAUCUUCUAGUAACUCUGUCAAGCUAAAGAGGAAUCUCAUUCAGGAUACAAAAGGACAAACACAAUCUGUAAAUCAGUUAUCUGGUCAGACACAAAAUAUGGUUACUGUUGCGUAUACUCAACGAUACGUUGAACUUAUCAGACUAGUCAAUAAGCAACGCGAUACUAUUAAUGCACAGCAAGCAGAUCUUACUAAAUUUGAUGCUGAAAUAUUAUAUUGGGAAACUAAGAAUAGGGAGCAAAUGCAUCAGAUGGAUUUUAUUUCUCAGGAAGUAAGUCGCAUGGAAUCUACGGGUCGCCUUAUCGAAGAACAGCUGAAAGAACUGGCACACGUGGAAGAAGAAAGUGAAAUAGUUCGACAACAAGAAAAAACUUUAAAAUCGGAAAUCACUUUGCUAAGAUCGAAACUUGCGAAUUGUGAAACAGAGUUACUUCAGUGUAAAAAUAAAAUUAGAUUAGUUAUGGAAGAACUUGCUAUAGAGCAGCAUAAUAUAAGUCGUGAAACGGACGAAAGGCAAAUAAUGGAGCGUAAAAUCAUCAGCGAAGUCGAGCAUCUUCAGAAUGAGGUUGAACAAGCUAAACGUUCGGCCGAAUUAGCUUCUCAAUGCGCGGAAUCAUUGAAACUUGAAGUAGUAAGUUUGGAAUCGGCGAUCGUCGAAAAAAAAUUGCAAGUCGAACGACUGGUAGCCGACAUGAAAGAAGCUAAUUUACAAAGUCUAGCUGUCGCUUGUCAAGAUGAACAAGUCAAGUCGUUGCUGGAAGGUGCUCACAAGCCUGGAAGUACACGUAAAAUGAUAGGUUCUCCGAGACAAUUAGAAACCGCGGUACCUACGAGCAAAAAUCCACACGGUGUUUGGGUAUAAGCAUAUAUUAAGUCGAUGUAUUCCGAUAUAUCGAGGAUAAUAUCUCUCAUUCUUAAUAUAGCAGCCACAGCUAAAUAUUUUAGAAAGAUAACGAUAUAGAAGUGUCUCGAUGGCUUUCUCUAAAAGCAAAUGAGAUACAGUUAAGACGAUGCAAACAUUCGUCUAAUAUGGCUCCUAAUAGAGACAACGGAAUAAAUAUUUUCCUGUCGUAUCGUUCACGAACGCAGUUUAUAGCUGUUUGUUUCAUCCAUUGGCCAUAUAAUUUUCCACGAGCAUAGUUAUAAGUGUUAACAGUAGUAAUUUUAAACGUCAUCAUGUGUGUAUAAAGGAUGAUAGAUAUCGGACAAUACAUUUAUCCAAAGUAUUAAAAUUAUUAAUCGUGUGGUGCACUCGCACUGUAUAAAUUAAGAAAAUAUACUUAUAAAUUGUUGCAAGCUUUACGGAACAAUUACACAAGAUAAUAUUAUAUAUUUUCUAUAAUCAAAAUGAUUCUGUGAAUUUAACAGCAUUUACAUACUGGUGCACUAUACAAUUGAAAUACGAACGUAGUCUGUUCAAUAUAUGUAUCUUGUAUGUACAUAUCGUUGAAAGCAUGUGAUAACGAAGUCUGAAACAAAUUAUUCUAACGUUCUAUUGUAGUUUACAUUCAGGGCUGACUUUAUGCGUGAAAGCAACCGAUGCAUCGCAUCGGAAUGCCUCUACGAAAAUCAAUUGAAACGUAAAAUUUAAAAAAUGAACAAAGAAAAUACAAUUAUCAUAUGUGAAUGGUAGCUUUUCAUACAAAUGGAUAAAGUAGAGACUGAUGAAAAUGUUAUGGUUUCUCUUCUGGUAAUCAUUAAUUAUGGAUUACAUUUUGUUAAAGUUGUGUUGAAGUGCUAGUGAUUCUAGCUGGUGCCAGCCUUGUUUACAUUGUAUAUGUACUUGCAUUUUUAAACCUUUAAGGAACUAUCUUCUCCAAUUUCAUUCCGAAAUCAGGUUUGAUACAGUUUAUCAAACAAUUACAGUUAUAGGAAUUUUCAUUGUUCGAUACAUUCAUUAUCAACGUGCAUUGUUAGAACCAACUCACUGCCAUUAUCAUUAGUAAUAACCUUGGAAAUCUCGUAAUUUAGAUUAUUUUGUGUGUAAUUUCAUUUUUAUACAAAAUAUAUGUACUUUUUAGUAUGUAAUCGUUUCGUUAUGGAUAAUACUAAUCUAAUUCGUACAAUGACUUAUUGUAUUUACCAAAGUGUGUUAGCUUUUGAUGAAAAAGUAAGCACUUAUUGUAUAAUGGAACAUACAAAUAAAAGCUAAGUUAGGGUACAGCGA